UCCUCUGUAGGAGACACCCAUCAUUUGCUCUCAACAGUCACUUUCAUCCUUAGAAAUCUGAGCUGCUGCUGCUGCUGGCUGCUUCUUUCUCUUCUCUCACUCCCUUCCAAUCUAUACAUACACACAUACACAUAUAGAGACACACAUACACGCGCAUUUAUACUUCCCAACCUCUAUAUAACCUUUUCUUUUCUCCAUUCUCUCUCCCCUUCAAAGUUUGUCUCGCCUCUCUUGUCCACUCACCAAAACCCACUUCACAAGAUCGGAUCUUUUUCUAGGGUUCAUCAAUGGAUCCGUCUUCUGCAAACUCGGUGAACGGAUUCUACUCAUUCCUCAACAGAUCAAUGGAGGAUCUCGAGAGGGUCUAUCACUCGAACAACUUCAUGUCCGUACAGUUCCUGCAGAGAGUGAUCUGUCUCCUCCGGACAUCGCACUCGCGUCUGAUCCUCCUCGUCCAGAAACUUCAGCUGCCUGUCGGAGACAAGUGGCUCGACGAGUACAUGGACGAGACCUCCAAGUUCUGGGACGCAUGCCACGUCAUCAAGUCCGCCGUCUCCGCCAUGGACAACUUCUGCUCCGCCGGAAUCUCCAUCGUCUCCUCCCUCCAAAAACUCAACUGUUCCCCCCCCCCAGAAACUCAGGUGAUUCGAGCCAUAUCCGGUUGCAGAAGAGAAGCAGUAGGGUUAGAGCAAGAGAACAGAGCUUUAAUGGAGAAUCGGGUCCAAGCGCUGCCGUUCUGGUCGGACCCGACAUCAUCGGCGGGGGUGAUGGAGUCGUCGAAGGUACAGAACGGAUUCAGCGGGUUUCGAGGAGUACUUAACGCGACGAGGAACAUGAGCUCGCUCCUCCUGAUGAUCCUGAUGCAAGGCCUCGUCUACUGUUUUCCCGGCGACCCCACAACACCGCAGCAAACGGCGGCGGGAGGAGGAGGAGGAUUCACGGCGGCGAUGGGGAGGAUGAAGCAGAGGGUGGCGGCGGAGGUGAGGCUGAGGAAGGGGAUACAGUUGUAUGAGUACAGGAGGAGCAAGGCGGCCAUGGAAGAGCUGGAGGAAGAGCUCGAGCGGAGGAGCGGAGAGGAGAUGGAGAGGGAGAAGGUGGAGAGGGUGAAAGGGCUUAUUGGGGGUUUGAGGGAUGGGACUGAGAGUAUUCUCUUUCAGAUCGAUGAUUUCUUGGAUGAAAUUGUUGAAGGAAGGAAGAAACUUUUGGAUUUGGCAUCUCAUCAUAAUAUAUAAUUCAUCAUCUUAAUCCAAAUUCAUGAAUCUGUUUUUUUUUUGGGGCAAUUUGUUGUUGUAAAUUUUACUCUUUUCUUUGCUAAGCGAUCUCCUUUUUGUUUUUUUCCCCCUAUUUGAAGUUGACAACUACAAGACAAAAGAAGGGCUUACACCAACAAAAGAGAAAACAGUUGCUUACAUAUAUAUAUAUAUAUACACAUAU